GGUCGUCUGAUACCUACUAAGUGUAAAAGUGUUCAGUGUGCGAAGUUGCAUUAAGUAAACGCAAAUGGCCUGAAUUAAAAGUAUUAUUCUUGUUAUGAAAUUUAAUUUUAUAAACGCUUUCUGUAUUUUUUUUUAAAUAAAUUAUGGAUACACAAACUGAAAUCAAACCCAUCAAUAGAGAUACAGUACAUAAAAUAUGUUCUGGUCAGGUUGUAUUAAGCCUAGCAGUUGCAGUUAAAGAAUUGAUAGAAAACUCUUUGGACGCGGGUGCUACUAAUAUUGACAUAAGAUUUAAAAACUACGGCAUAGACUUAAUAGAAGUUGCUGAUAAUGGUUGUGGUGUCACUGAAGACAACUUCGCUGCAUUAACUUUAAAAUAUCACACAUCUAAGCUAUCUGAUUACUCUGAUCUACUUGGUAUAACUAGUUUCGGAUUCAGAGGAGAGGCUUUAAGCUCCCUGUGUGCCCUUUCCAACCUCUCAAUUACUACAAGACAUCAAAGUGCUGGUUAUGGUAAAUUCUCUUUCAAUAUUCUUGAACUAUAUUUUGCCAUUGCCAAUGUCAAUUAUAAUUGUCAUUAGUUUAAAACAGCCUUUCCCAAAGUGGGUGAUAAUGCCCCUUAUGGUUGCUGCAGGCCUAAAGGGGGCAGUAAGAGACUGAGAAAAAAAUGGGGGCUUUGUAUAGGCUUGGGUGAUUUGUAAUUUCAUUUAGUUAGACCUCUUAGACACCAACUGCAUGAGCUCUUGACUCUCCACUACAACUCGUGAACAUCAACUAAUAUUAGUUAAACAAUUGCUCAAACUCAGUUUUAUAAUUCUCUCAGUGUAUAUCAUAUAUUUGUCCUGUCUUAUGGAAUAUAUAAAAUAAAAAUCAUGUCAAUAGGUCGCUCCAUUUCAAAAUGAAAGUAGACGCAAACAAAUAAAUAAAAAGGCAACAGACAUACUUUCGCAU